AUGCACUCCAACUGUUACAAUAUCGUCAUUGAACACUUGCCCGGUUUGCAUUCCAACGAAAAUAUCAGGAGGUAGACAACUGUUAUCUGAUAAAUUACCGGCCGACAGACUCCGGGAAGAGCACCGGAGAAAUAGGCGCGGAUCCUUGGUUCUGGUUUAUUCCUUCUCCACUUUUCAUUUCAGUAUCCUUGUUUCCUACAAAUACUGGCUCUCAAAAGUUCGAACUUUCUUUCAAAGAAUAUAAUUUUGAAGCAUCAACCACUAGAUCAUAUUUUAGAUCAAAGUCUCACUUUCAAUCCCUCAUAAGAUUCCAAGCGAUAUACAUCAAUUGAUUGAACUUCAACCCGUCCGAUUGCAGGCAACCAGCCCUUAAAAAGUAAGGAUUCGUUUGAAAAAAAUUCGAUUCCAAGAAAAUAAUCCAUAGAUUCAUUGUUAAGCAACGUCUCGCUUCCAAUCCCUGACUCCAAGCAACUUCCUUCGAAACAUAAGAACUUCAACACUCCAGAAUGCAGGCUUCAGUCUCUCUCAAGGUAAGUUCGUUUGGAAGAUUGAAUCUUAGACAUCAACUACUGGAACAAAUGUUCAAUCACAGUUUCUUUUCCAAUCCUUGAUCAGAUCCCAAGCAGUAUACUUCAAGUCAUUGAACCUCAACACGUCCAAUUGCAGGCAACCAGCUCUUGAAAAGGUUAGGAUCAUUUUGAAAAAAAAAUCGUAGCCACUAGAUCAUUUUUUGAUUAAAGUUGGGCUUCUAAUCAUUGACCAGACCCUUUCGAAAACGAAUGUUUUAAUAUUUGAACUUCAAUACAUCAGGCCGCACACAAGGUUCAACGUUGAUUGGAAGACGAAAUAUGAUUUGAUCGGAUCUUGCAAGAAAGCGAUCUUUUUCGAAUCAUGAAGCCUCAACAGACAUGACUUCAGGACUUCAGCCUCUCCCAAAGUGAGAAUUGGUUUGAAAUAAAAAAUUCACUUUUUCACAUUAACCACAAGAUCGAAUUUGAAUAUAGAAAUCCUCGUUCAGGUCCUGUCCAAAAAGCAAUUUCCUUUAAAUCUUGGAACAUCAACACGCCCAUUUGCAACCUCUGAGCCCCUAAAAAAGUAAGGCCCCGUUUAAAAAAAAAAUUCAAUUUUUAGACAAUUGCCACUAGACCGACUUCCAAUAUCAAAAUCCCUGACCAUAUCCUUUCAAAAAAGCGAUUUCCUUUGAAUCUUGGAACCUCAACACAUCCGAUUGCAGGCCCCACACAAGAUUGAGCGCUCUGGCCAAAACUGUAAGUAAUCAUGUCGUCGGCGACUCCUUUCAUGUGGCGCGUGCCGGCGCGCGAUUGUCAUCAAUUCACACAAGCAACUUUUCGCGCACGUUCUUGCACUUUUCCUUCUUUUUAGCACCUUUUUAUCGGAUGUCCGGCGGUGCUCAGGCUUGUUGUUUGGGUCAAUCGGGUCAGGACGCUGAGGAACUUGUCAAAAGUGUGAAAAAAGGUUAGCGGAAGUGGUUUUUGAACAAAGAUUGGUUUGAGAGCAAAUUGAAAAUGAGAAUAAAAUUCCCGAUUUGAACUUGUCCAUAGCUCAAUUUGAAAUAAUUCUUGGCGGUAAAGACAAGUUGCCAAUAAGUAGAUCGGAUGGAAGUUCCACGUAUUUAUUUUUUGUCCGAACUUUUCCAAUAAUGAAGACAACCAAUGAAGGUGACAAAAAAUCAUGCUUAGGAACACCUUCUUGGAAUUUUGAAACAGUGAAGUGAGAUUCCUUACUUUUUCCAAUCCAAAGUCUUUCACACAGAUGAUGAGAAAUCUCUCAGCUUUUUCAGAAGAAUAAUAGUUUUCCAAGUAACCACUACUUCAUUUCCCCGUUUCGAAAACUGUUUUAAUCUUAUUUCAUCUAGCUUCAAAGACUCCCCUAGUUUCCAAAUCCCCUAUCCUUUGGUUUUAAGGUCAAAAAAAGUUGCUGCACAUGUGCGGAAGUGCUCCUGACACCUCAUCACGCUCGAUCGCACCUCAGAUUGAGUGGCCAAACAAAAGGAACUGUCAAAAACAAAGAGACACGUGAGUGUUAAAAGGUUAAUAAUUCUUGUACUGAGGAAAUUUUCAUAUAUUUCAAGAUGCCGUAAUAAAAAGCUACGGUCUUAAAAGGAUUUUUCUCGAUCAUACCGGAUUUUAAAACGGUCUACAUAACCAAAAAUCAGAAAAAUAUAAAAAACUCAAGAAUUCUAGCUUUUAUAUAACUCAAACCUCAAAAUACUCAAAAAAAGCCGUCUAGACACAUUUAAUGACUUGUUGCAGGAAAAAAACGCAACUUCUUCUUGUUUGCCGGCGACGUCACAGCAGCGUCUGGAUGCGCAACAAAGACGCACCAGAACCUCAAUUGGUCGGCAAAUAUUGAUGUCCGUAAGCCUGUCACCCCCUUUGUUUUUAGUUGUUAUCCUUCCGGUAUUGGGUUUUUUUAAAAAAAGUAAAAAAACAAAAUUUAAAAAAAUUAAUUUUUUUAUUUGAUAAUCGAGUCUUUUUGAAUUUUUUUGCAGAAGAUGCAUGUUGAAUAGGGAUCUUUGAAACCGGUUUAUCAUCUUCUUGAAUUACAUUUUGGUUUAUUUUUUUUCACCGGCCUUUCAUUGCAGAAAAAAACCAAAUUUUCUUCAUUCCCAAUGUUUUCAAAUAUGCCAGUCAUUUUAAAAAAUCUUUAUUUAUACAUACAAGAUCAAAUCAUCGGAAUGACACAAAAUAAGUAGGAAAAAUACAAGUCAUGCGAUAUAGAAAUUAUGGAUGAGCAAUUCAGAAUGCAUCAACCCGAAGAAGAUUCUCUCAACUCGGACAUUUUCAAUCCCUCUAACAAUGGUGAGAAAAAAAUUGACCGAGCUGAGAAUAUUGAGGCAAAAUUCAGGAAAGGCAUUGCAAUUUUUGGGGGACGAGGAGUUGCUCUCCACCAGCUUACAAAGGCAAUUUAGCACCUACAAUGGGAAACGAGCGGUUUCGGCCGCGUAA